AUGGCGAUACUCAAGUUGUCGUUCUUUUCCAAACAGCCAGAAUCAAAACCUUGGAGUUAUCUCGAAGAACAUAAUGAGAACAUAUCCGAAUAUUUGUACAAAAGAGAACUAGGAAUUUCUAGAUCAAGAUAUCCUAGGAAUUACUCCAGUUAUAAGUCCGAUAAAAUACCGCAGCUAAUGAGAGAAAAAGAGAUUAGUUUGGAAAAUCAUGAUAAAAUCUUUUCAUCACAUUGGAUAUCACAUAAUGAAGUCGUUGUAGGAUCAAAAUGUAAUAAGUUGUUGAUCCUUAAUGUUCAAACAAACAAAAGGUUCGAAAUUCCAUUAGUUAGCGAACAAAAUAGGGAACCGCCACAAGAAAUUCGAAACUGUUCGGGAAUACGUAGUAUCGCAGUGAACCCUUCAAGGACACUUUUAGCCGUAGGAGCAGGAAAACCUGUCCAAGUAACAGUUUAUGAAUUACCAUCAUUUGAACCUAUUGCCGUAUUUUCAGGUCAUAGUGAUCUUGUUUUUUCGGUCGCAUGGCUUGAUGAUGAUCACUUGGUUUCAGGAUCACGUGAUGGUACCAUCCGGCUUUGGUCCAUCGAAUCGAAGAUUAUUUCUGAAAUGCCUUUGUUACCAAAUAAAUAUAUCAAUGUUCAUCAACCUUUACUCACUCGAUCGGAAUUUAGCGGUAGGGUGCGAGAUUUGCAAUUCAAUCCUAGAACUGAGCAAAUCAUGACUCUUUCAACUGAAGGAUAUGUGAGAUUAUGGGAUGCGUCGUAUCUCAAUGAAGUUACAAAAAUUCAGUUGGCACAUACCCAUGAAAAUGUGUGCCUAUCAAUGAAUUCGAAAGCGAAUUUAUUUGCUAUAGGAUCUCAGGCGCAUAUAACAAUUGUUGACCCCCGGACAUCAUCAAUAGCCCAUGAGGUUGGUUCGGUUGAUGAAGGAUGUGGUGUAAGAUCGUUAUCUUUUAAUGAUCAUAUUAUAACGACCGGUGGAGGUUAUGGACGAUUAUCUUUUUAUGAUUUGCGCGCGCAACAUUAUUUGGAUUUCCUUCCGCAAUCUACCGCCAAAAAAUCUUUAACACUUAAUUACAAAGAAACCGGAAGCGGUUGGUUGAAUCGGGAUACGGUUUAUAUGAAUCACUUUGCCGGUUAUUCCAUACAAAAUGCAAUUUACGCGCUUUCAUAUGAUGAAUCAGGCACUAAAUUGUUUACUGGAGGUGGUCCGUUACAACUUGAUUUAAAAGGGUCUUAUGCAGCAGUAUGGUCAUAA